GGGGGGCAUUCGGAGAGUAUGAGAAUGUAGAGGUAUCUCUGCCACUGAGAAGUUCGUCGAGGGAUGAGGAUAAUACUUUUGUCACUGUACCGAUGUUAGAUACAGGUUUUCCUUUCCCGAGUCGCGUGACUACCUGGCCCCAUUCUCAACCUCUCACCACCAUGACCGCCACACCUGCCGCCGGCAAAGAGCUCAACUAUAUGUUCGCGCAUAUCGAAGACGAUAACCUAGUGGAAGACCCUGAUGAUCCGACGUUCGACUUUGGAGGUCCAGGAGAUAAUUUCAUUUCCUUCAUAGCUCCCAUUCGAAAACAGCGACCGCAAAUGGGUUCUUCUAGUGCGUCUCUGAAACUCCGAUUAUGUAUGCCCCUUCCGAGACUCUCUGGGAUCGUGUCGCAGAAUGCCCGCCUGUCGAAUACAAGACCGGAUAUUGGCGUUUGGGAGUCUGGCCCUCUUCCUGCCCCUGUUUCGCUCAUCGAUCCCGUCUCCAUAUCCGUUUUUAUCGUUCCCCGUUCUCAGUAUGCACAGCUGAAUGAGGCACGGGACAAGUUGACCGAUUUGCGGGUGAAGAACAUCUUUCAACGUCCCCAGAAGGCUCCUUCCAAGGGUGCAACCGCCUCUACUUUCAUCAACGACCACAAAUUCAAUCCUUGUGAAAAUGUGAGAAGAUUAGCUGACACGCUCCCCCGGAGUGGUGGAUCUACGGAUUUCAAUAUUGAUUUUGGUGAACGGUAUUCAAGCACGCGGACGCUUCAAAAAGCCUUUGGGGAUGCAAAAUCGUGUUCCAAGCAUGUCUAG